CAAGCCAUUUCAAAACGGCAGAUUGAGUAUUAUCCUGGUUCUGGACUGUGUUUAAACGAUUUGCCACUCAAGCCACUCUGUUACUGCUUUCAGAUGUCACCGUCAACGACACAGCGCUCCUGCCAAAAGGAUAUUCAACAACUUUACCGGAUGAUAGAGGCGUCGACAGACGGUCAAGCUUCAAUAAUCGGAGUCACUGAAAUGUCAGUGGUGAUCUCGCUGCAUCCCAAAUUUGGUUACAAUGCGCACGCUGAUUUCACUGCGAAAAUUAGAUACCCCGUGUCUUAUCCGAGCGAUGGUCCACAGGUGACAUUCAACUCACCAAUCUUCCAUCCCAAUAUCGACAACACAUCGGGCGACGUUUGUUUAAAUCUUCUUAGUGAGUGGCGUAGCUGUUACAAUCUGCUGGAUGUGGUAAAAGCUCUUCUCUACCUAAUCAACAAUCCAAAUUUCGAUUUGCCAAACAACCUGUUUGGAUCCCUGAGUAACAGGAACCUAAUAGGGAAGAAGACAAUGCGGGUACUAGCUGGUCUGCCUGUGAACGGUGAACGGUUUGCGCCAAACAAGGCUUGGUGCGAAUGGGCAAAGGCCAAUGGCUGCCUUCCGACUGAUGAGGAUGACGAUGAUGCCAGUGGUGAGGGGGAGGGUGGGGUGCAGACUACGGUUGAGGCGGCUCUCCAAGAUAGGAGUGAUGAGCGCGACGCUGCUUUUACGUACAAGACAAUUAAAUGCAUUUUAUUUCCUUUCUCCUGUUUCUCAAUGCAGACAAGUGACGAUGGAGAAUGUGACGACGGUGGAGCUGUGUUCAACGAAAAUGUUCUUUCUUAUGCUAAUGUUCGAUACUCCGUGGAUUCAGACAGUGAAUCACGGUUAUCGCUGAGCUACGGACGAGAUGACGUAAUGAGGAACUUCGAGGUCCAGCGCAUUAUUAUUUCGCUUCCCACUGAUGGUUCUACGGCCGGUGACCACUCGGUAUUCUACUACUGUGAGCACAUCGGUGAUCAGUCCUGGCGGAGGGAACAUGGCAGUUUCUACAGCAAGCUUCUUUCCGGCGAUGUCUUGCAUUCGAUGCAAAGUCAUCCUGAAUCGGGACAGGCAUCUAGUGUCUGUCCGUGGUACACCUUCUGCGAACAAAAGCGGUAUUCCUUUGAAUCGACCUCCACCUCCGUCUACGAUAUCUCCUUUUUAUUUACUAGGAAGACUUUAACUAGGCCCUAUUUGACCAACGACUUUUGUCCGUGGUCGUAUUUCGAUGGAGGAGGUACUUGGAACAUCUUGGGUGGGCUAUUUUGGGAGCAGCGACGUCGCAACUGGACUGCGAGCACAUGUACAGAAGUCAACCUAGAUGGCAAUGACAUGGCGCUCUUCAAUACUAGUUUUUCAACGAAAGAUAGUGAUUCUGAGGAAGAAUUUAAGGAGGAAGAGAGGAAGGAGGAUGACUUUGCAGAGGAGCAGAUGCAGGAGGAUUGUGGCGUUGAUUUGACCGAUUCUGAAGAAACUGAAGAGGCAGUGUCAGCUACAAAAGAGUUAUAUGUGUGCGAUGUAGAAGGAGCUGAAAGGGGUGAAGAAUGCUUGCCAGGAGACGAAGGUGAAGAAGUGAUGGAGUGUGAUCUGGUCCAUAAUCGAGAAGAAACGUAUUCAUCCAGGUCAUCAGGAACUUAUGAAGGCGACGAAAAUAUUUGGUGCAUUCCUUAUGAAACAUUCUUUGACAUGGACACGAUUACCAGUAGACUGCGGCCACGGUGGAGGUGGAUCCUCCGUCAGACACGUUGGCCAUUUCGAUUUGCACCACAGCAGACUGUUGACCUGUCCAUGCAUGAGAUUUCAAUCCCGCCAUGGCGGGCGAGUGCCGUACGUCUGCUAUCGGAUGUUCGAAAUUUUUGUACAAGGAAUCGCAAGACAAAGAAUCUUAUUCUUUUAGAUCCCAUGGCAAGUUUUGUGCAUUUGUAA